GCGAACAAUGAAUCAUUUGUGCUCGGAACAGUUGGAGGAAUCGUCCGCGAGUCCUAUUGUGCGACCCCAGGGAUUCAGUUUGGAGGAACUGCGUCAGACCUUGGGCCACUCUGUCAUUCGCGAUCAAUGCUAUUUUAUCUAUGGAACCAACAACGUUCUGGAGAUUAUUGCAGGAUUCAAUGAGCUGCUAAACCAGGAAGCUAUCGAAUUCGGAGCUGAGCAAUUGGCAUCGGUUUAUGUGACCGGAAUGAUGGUAUAUUUACUCCAUCACGAGGAUAUGGCAGGUACCCUGGUCAAGAGGACACUCUUCCUGCAAAGCUGCUUCGAUUACCUAGCCUGCGCCGAGGAAACACAUAUCCAUCAGAUAUGCGUGCAUAUGUUGGACCUUCUGGAUGCCAACAAUUCGGGCACAAUGCUCAACGUAAUCCAUGGCUGCCGAGUGGCCAGUCCGUUGAGCACGAUGGCCCGCGUGAUUGGAAACUGUCUGCUCUGGGCCAUGUUGGAUCGCCUCUCGAACUUGGGCCUGGACUCGCACCGGUUGCGUGCAUCUGGGACGCUGCUCCUCGUGGCCGCGGUAGUGAAUCCUCGGAUUUAUCUGCAAUCUUAUAUGCAUGCCCUGCAUCUGGUGGUUCGUUUGGUGUCCAGCCUUCUGGUUGUCGGACCACUGGGUGGCCACAGCCAGCAGUUUUGCCAGGAGACCGGUGUGCCGGAAGAAUUGAUGCAAUUCUCCAAGGAGGACGCAGCCAUUUUGGUUCGCUGGCUAAUCGUCAUCGUUGAGGAAAUGCGUCCCCAAAUGGUUGAGAGUGAGGAUUUGGGACACCUGGGCGAGCGACUCGUGCUUCUGGAGGCCGUUUGCGAGCUAAUGCAGCUUCUGCAUGGUCACUUGGUUAAAUGUCACCAAGAAAUAAACGCUCUACUCUCGACAUGGCAGAGCAACAGGAAUGAAAAUUGACCAUACAAAUAAAUCCACGUUGUUCUCACAAUAGUAAACAAUUUCCAUUAAUACGUUAACGUUUGCCGAAGUGGAAUUGUUGAAAAAAAAUCGAAAUAAAACUUAAUUGCAAUUUAAAUUGAUCUGCUUAUUUUUUCACUUGUCGAUUUAUACGGUUUUUUUUUAUCAUUUUUAUCAAAGAGCUCUGCUGUAACUGUAAUAUACAAUUAGUAAGCGGACAAAGUAGUUUAAUACAAAUUAAGUUAACAAUACUAGUACAAGAUAUUUAUUGAAUUGCUUUAAUUUUUGCACUUGUAAAAUAAAAUUCACAGUUCUUGGCCGACCUUUUCUCAUAUUAUUUCAUGAAAUAAAAUGUCCUAAGAUUUU